AUGGCUGAUCCUAGCAUGAUAUGUGCUGUUCUGCAGCCUGUGUGUGGCUUCAUCAAUGAAGCAGGGGUUCCUGCAGCCACUGCAAGAGGUGUCUCAUCUUUCGCCUGCAUCAAGCGCAACCUCAGAGACCUCACAAAAGCCAUGGAGGACCUGCAAGCUGUCGAGAAGGUGGUUCGAGGACAAGUUGCGCUUGAGACCAACAACCUCAACGAGUGCCAUCCUCAAGUCAGCCUGUGGCAGACGAGGGUCCUCCAUGUCCUAGUCGACCCCAUCGUCCAAGAAUCUGAUCAAUUGUUUCAAUCCUCUUGUUUAUGUAGUUCUUCUCUAAGCCUUAGGAAAAGAUACUGUCUUGGCAAACGUGUCGCCGAGAUGUUGGAGGAUGUAGAUAGGCUAAUCAGAGAAGGGAAACAAUUUGAUACGUUUGCAUCCAAACGUUUGCCAGAUUCUGUCGAGGAGCAACCACGGACGAAAACAUUUGGCUUCGAGCCAGUCCUGAGGGAUCUUGGGAAAUAUUGUGACAGCACCAAUGUGAGCAUCAUCGGAGUUUGUGGUCCAGGAGGUGUUGGAAAGACGACACUCCUUAACACGUUCAACAAUGAGCUCAAAGCAUGUGGCAGGGAUUACCAGGUGGUGAUCAUGAUUGAGGUGUCCAAUUCUAAAACUCUAAACAAAGCAGCAAUCCAGAGUACAAUUACAGACCGUCUUGGGUUGCCAUGGGAUGACAGACAGACAGAGGAAGCUCGUGCGAGGUUCUUAAUGAAAGCACUGAGAAGAAAGAAGUUUGUAAUUUUAUUGGAUGAUGUCUGGAACAAAUUCCAACUAGAAGAUGUUGGGAUCCCUACCCCUGAUUCUGAGAGCAAAAGCAAAGUAAUUCUCACAUCACGUUCUGUGGAUGUGUGCUAUCAAAUGGGAGCUCAACAGAGCUUGAUCAAGAUGGAGUACCUAGAGAAGGAGGCAGCAUGGGAGCUCUUCCGAAGCAAUUUGAGCACUCAGGCAAUUGCAGCCAUUGAUUCAUCUGGCCCCAACAAUGCUGUAAAACAACAUGCUAAUGCAAUUGUCCAAAGCUGUGGUGGUUUGCCACUAGCACUCAAGGUGAUAGCGAGUGCUGUGGCAGGGCUGACAACACCAAGUGAAUGGAGUUUGGCAAUGCAAGCAACCAAGCAUGACAUCAAGGAUAUAGAUGGAAUCCCAGAAAUGUUCCAUAAACUGAAAUAUAGUUAUGAUAAGUUGACACAAACACAGCAGCAAUGCUUCCUGUAUUGCACCCUUUUCCCUGAAUAUGGUUCAAUUAGCAAAGAUCAGCUUGUGGAAUACUGGAUGGCAGAAGAAUUGAUACCUCCAGAUCCCAACAGAGGUCAUCGCAUAAUCAAUCGCUUGCUCUCAGCAUGCUUAUUGGAGAGCUGUGGAUCUGAUUUAGAGGUAAAAAUGCACCAUAUUAUUCGUCAUCUGGGAUUGUCCCUUGCAGUGCAGCAAAAGAUUGUUGUGAAGGCUGGAAUGAACUUGGAAAAGGCACCACCACACAGAGAGUGGCGAACAGCAAGAAGGAUAUCACUCAUGUACAAUGACAUAAGAGACCUUGGUAUCUCACCAGAAUGCAAGGAUCUUGUAACAUUAUUGGUCCAAAAUAAUCCUAACUUGGACAAGCUAAGUCCAACCUUCUUCCAGUCCAUGUACUCUUUGAAGGUACUUGAUCUAUCACACACCAGAAUUAAAGAACUUCCUCUAUGUAGCACAUUGGCGAAGCUCAAGUUUCUCAAUUUGUCUCACACAUUCAUUGAGAGACUUCCUGAAGAUUUCUGGAUGCUCAAAAAACUAAGACAUCUAGAUUUAAGUGUUACCAAGGCACUGAAAGAGACCUUAGAUAACUGUUCCAAGCUUUACAAGCUAAGGGUGCUAAACCUCUUCCGAAGCAAUUAUGGGAUUCGCGACGUGAAUGAUCUGAACAUUGAUUCCUUAAGGGACCUGGAAUUCCUUGGGAUCACAAUCUAUGCUGAGGAUGUCUUAAAGAAGCUGACAAAUACACAUCCUCUAGCCAAGUCAACACAGCGUCUUAGCCUCAAGCACUGUGAACAGAUGCAGUCAAUCCAAAUAUCAGACUUCACACAUAUGGUGCAACUUCGAGAACUCUAUGUUGAAUCAUGUCUUGACUUGAUACAACUUAUUGCUGACCCUGACAAGGGAAAAGCUUCCUGCCUGCAAAUUCUCACCCUUGCUAGACUGCCUUCCCUCCAAACUAUUCUUGUUGGGUCUUCGCCUCAUCACUUCCGCAACCUCCUAGAAAUAACAAUCUCUCACUGCCAUAAAUUGCAUGACAUCACCUGGGUUCUGAAGCUGGAUGCACUUGAGAAGCUUUCUAUCAGCCAUUGUAAUGAACUGGAGCAAGUUGUUCAAGAAACAAUCAACAAGGUGGACAACAGGAGAGGGGGGAUUGAGCACAACAUUGUUCAGAGAUCUGGGAUAAUAAAUGGUUUCUCUGAAGAACAGGAGAUACAUUGCAUGGUAGAAGAUGCAUAUAAUGAACAUGUAAAAGGCUAUCAGAACAAGACAGAGAAUGAGCAGAUCAAGGGUGUGCAUCAUGUGGGCUUCCCAAAACUGAGAGCAAUGGUUCUGACAGACCUGCCAAAGCUGACGGCAAUAUGCAAUCCAAGAGACUUUCCUUGUCUUGAGAUUAUUAGGGUGGAGCGUUGCCCACGUUUCACAGCACUUCCACUGGGUCAAAUGUCUGACUGCCCAAAACUAAAGCAGAUUUGUGGAUCAUAUGACUGGUGGAAGAAGCUAGAGUGGAAUGGCAAGGAGACAAUAGAGAAUAAGUAUUUCAUCCCAAUCAAAGAUGAAGACUAG